AUGGAGGGCAAGCCCGGCUUCGAUUAUAACAGAAACAGAGACAGAGACGAGAAAGAGGAAAGACCCGAAGCUGUAGGAUUUGCAGUUCAGACUGGAAACAAAGGAAGAUUUGGACCUCCUCAAUAUCGUGAGAGGGAUGUGACGUGUUCUCAUUGUGGAAAAUAUGGUCACGAACUCUCUGAUUGUUUUCAAAUCAAAGGGUACCCUGAAUGGUGGGGCGAAAGGGGGAGAAAUUUUGGUGAAAAAAGAGGAAAAAAUUUUGGUGGAAGAGGAGGAGGAGCUCGAGGACGUUUUGGCAGAGGUGGUGGAAUAGUGGAAAGUUCUGGACGAGGCAGAGAAGGAAUGAUGGCUCGUGCUAAUGUUGCUCACCUUCAUCCAGAAGAUCACGAGACUCAUCAACACGUCGAGAAGGGGGAUAUGAUCGUAGUUCUCUUCCACAACUAA